AUGAUGGAGAAGUCUCUGGCAAUUUGUUUUGUUGUGGUCCUUGUCAACUUUUCUGCCUUUGUCAGAGGCAAGUGUCCUUGUGAGGAUAAGGCUCUUUGCGAGCCGAUCGCAAGACCCCAGGGAAAAGAAUUUCUGAUGUUUUCAACGAAACCAAACGAUUGGAAAAAGUACGAUUGGACCAAGGUCACCACAAUCGCUCUUUUCAGACCGUGGGAUGACGAGUUAAUGUGCGAAGCUCAUAAAAGAGUGAGUGCCCUAGUGAACUCUUACCUAGUUGCUUUUUUUGCACCAGUGAGGAAACUUUUGCCCUUAAAAUCGCGAAAAGAAAUAGCAUCUUUUCGAGCGUUAAACUUUGGUGCCAAAAUCCUCUGACUUCAUUUGCGUGGAAUUCGUGCCAACCAAAACAUUGUUGUCUUAAAGCUUAACAGAAUUUUAGGCCCUACGAAAGUUUAGCAGUUUUCGCUUAUUUUUUCAGUUUUUAAACUUUGUUCAUUAUAAUUCAGUUAUUUCUUCUCAUGAGUAAGUAUUAGUUUACUUAGCGAUUUGCCGCGGUUUGGAAUCAUUUCAGACGUUGUGACCGAUAGGUUUGUUCAAUGUAGGUUUUCAAUAUUCUAUUUGUUCUGGUUAGAUGAACCGACUAAUUAUGGAUUAACAAAUUAUUCACCUCUUUGAAUCGUUUGAAAAAAAAUCUUCCCAUUAAUUGUCGUUAAGAGUAUAAUAACAUUGUAGCUAUGUAGUUUGGCCCAUAUCAUGUUUGGCUGUAAGAUGAGAAGAGCUGAGAAGACGUUUUCGCUUUAUAAAACCCCGUAACGACGGGGCAGGUGACUGCAGGGAAAGGUUUUCAAACUCAAACUCCAAACCGUACAUUAAUAGUUAUUGGUCUAGACAUAAUUUUGAAAGAUAUUUUAAAAUGACCAACUCCCCUGAAAUAAGCACACCCAUGGCUUAAACCUCCUUAAUUGAACACUUCCAUGAUAGAGGUGCUAAAGUUUCAGUUAUUCAAUUAUGUGAGCCUUCAGUCCUAAAUGUUAACAGUCAAACCAGUGCAGAUCUGUGACAGAUGUGACGGGAUCUCACUGGUAAGUGUUACAGCUGUCACUAUAGUUGUAGCACAGAGAUGGCAUUGAUCUGUCACAUUGUCAUGUACAUGUAUAGACUUGAAAUGCUAAUCCAAAAGUAGAAUUUGUGAUAUCUAGUUCCUAUAAGUGAUAUUGAUAUAAACAUUAACUUUCUUCGCUGGUAUACAUAGGAAAAUCUUCAUUGCAUAGAUACUCUGGAAAAAUGUUCCAGAUAUGACAAGAAAUGGCUGAAAAAUUAAUACAUAGUUAUCUUGCAGUCGUUUUCAUGUGUGUUUCUUUUUUAUUUUUUUGAAAUUGGUUCUUGUUGUUUUUAAUUUACAUAAAAAUGAAAGAACAUCAUUUCCUUUGUACACCCCAUUGUUUGAUUGAAAAUAUUUGAAUAAUUGAAUAUAUUUUAGAAGUAUAAUAAGUUUUAGAUAUCGUAAUUUAUUUUAUACACUGUAUUAAUAUUGUUUGAGUAUACAGUGAAACCUCUAUUUAUAAGCAGACCCCCAAUUAAGCAGACACCCUCUCUUAAGUGGACUUUAAGCUGGGUCCCAAAAUUAACGUCUUCUAUUUUCCCUUUAUAACGAACCCCUAUUCAGCGCCCACCUCUAUUAACUGGACACAGACACCAAGCAGACACCAGACUGAACUGACAGUCGGCAGUAUUGGAUUACAUCCUUGAAAUAUGUACUGUAGUCUAUUAAUAGCGAUAAAUCAUUACAUUUAGCAAUAGCUUUCAAUAAACUGUAGAUUAGACUGAUAUCCGGCCAUAUAAUUGUCAUUCGUGAUCAAAGUUCACCUAAAAGUCCAGCACAAAGUACAGCACAGCUUCCUUAACAACAUGGAACUUUAUCACUGUACAGAGUAACCAUUGAUUGUUAAAGGUUAACAAACAUUGCACAAUUUUUACCAGCCUCUAUAAGCACACACCCUCUAUUAAGUGGAAAGUCCCAAAGGUGUCUGCUUAAUAGAGGUAUCACUGUAUUUAAGUUUUUAAUUUACACAGCUUCAAUGGAAAUCAGUGCUCAACUUUUUGAGUUCUUUGUUAAAAUAAGUUUCUAUUCUAUUCUAUUCUAUUCUAUACAGGGCUCGAAAUAACGGCCGGUCAACGGACAAUGUCCGGACUGAUUGUGGAUUUGACCGGUCAAACUUUCGUCUUGCCGGUCAUGUUGACCGGUCAAAAUUCAAUCGUAUUGAAAAUGAAAUAAAUUUAAGGCUCCUGCUGUUCAGUUGUUUCAGUUGUUAUUUUAAUAUCGAGUCGCUGUGUAUUGCGGAACUUUGAUAUGUUUUCCUGGUGACAUGCAACUAGAGCCGUUGUUCACAAUUCGCGCAUCGAAACAGACAUCGGGAUUCGCCCACUUCCGGUCAUAAAAUUACCAAAUAUUUCCACUUUUAUUAGUAAUUUUCAAGUUGUACAUUUGUCCCUGCAUAUAAAUUAAUUCCUUUAAAAGCGGAAUAAAUAUUAUCAAAAGCAGUGUACUCCAAAGGGACUAUAAUUCAUUGCAACGUUACAAUAAUUAUUUCACUCUUCGCAAGUUUAUCGAUGUGUUAAUCGGCCGCGUGCGUAAUGUAAACAUGAAAGGUUGUACUACGUGCUGUGUACAGCGAAACAUUGUCCUCUGAGAUCGCGUAAACCUAAACUUUACGGAGAUAUGAAAAGCAGUUACUCUAAGAUAACGGCAGCUAUGGAAAAAUUAUUAUAUUUGAGUAGACAUAUCUGAUAAACGGGCUACAAAUUCAACAGGAAUUAAACGCCCGAACUGAAUAAAUUGUCUGUUGAACAUUUUAAAGGUUCUGCUCAACUUACACAAUUUUCCCUUGCUGAACAUAAACUGUACCGAGCCGUAUCUUGGUUCGCUAUAUCGAAGCGACAUCAUCGUUCAAAUUUAAACUGUAAGAUCCCUGAAAGAAGUCUCCUCAAUGGAGCAGUAUAUAAAAGGUUUCAAAGGUUUCACGCCGGUGAAGAUGUGCGGCCUGUCACCUCUUGCAAGUUUUUACUCUGGUUUAUGGGCCCCUAAAAGAGUAAUUCAUCAUAUACAUUUGACCGGCCAGAAACGAUACGUGACCGAGCAAAAAUGAAUUUGGCCGGUCAUCGUGACCGAGCAAAAAUGAAUUUGGCCGGUCAUCGUGACCGGAGACUAUCCGAAAAUUAUUUCGAGCCCUGCUAUAAGAAGACUUUAUUUAAAAUUCAUACCAGUAUACAUGUAGGAAGCAAGUUACUUAGCAGUAACCUCUUCUUGACACACCCUAACCCUUAAAUUGUCCGAACUGUGUUGUGUUUUUUUUUGGCAGGGGGUACGGGUUGUAUUGGCAGCAAACUUUCCUACAGAAAAGCUUGGCAACAAAGAGUUGCGAACAAAAUGGAUUAAAAACCUGACCAAAGAAACCUUAGCAAGGCAUGCAGACGGAGUGAAUAUCGACAUUGAGUCACCAAUACCCAAGAGAUCAAGGGAGGUUACAUUGUUAACUAAGCUGGUGAAUGAGACAAGAACAGCAUUUCGUCAAGUUAUGAAACAUUCACAGGUAUCUUUCAAAAAUAGUCUAGAGAUCAUUUAAGCUGGGAAUUGUUAUAAAGGAGUAAGAAUAUCCAAGUGGGUUUUGAAGCCUUCAGAAUUCCCAUACAACUGAUUGUUGUAUACCAACCAGGAUAACAGAUGUUCCAGUACAAAGUUUUCCUUUGUGCAAGUAACUUUUUUCUCAAUAUUCCUUUAAUGGCAGCCCUGGGUGGAUCCAGAAAAUCCAGAAAGGGGCAGCUAGGACACCUACAAACUAUAUAGAUCCUAUUUAUUUUGCUGAGAAUAAUUCUUUAAAACUAAUGUAGAAUUUCACAGAAAAAGGUGUGGCCACAGUCCACUUAGCCAAACCCUAAAUCUGCCCAUGUAUUGUAUAUUGCAACCAAUUGAAUGCAACCUAAGAAUAAGUAUUAUUGAUGUGUUUUGGUACCUACUGCUCUUCCAUUGCUGUUAUGACAGACACUGUCAGGUAGACAUUUCUCACUGUUCACUCAGUACCAGUCCCAAGUCUUUGAGGACUUCUCUUUCUGUUAUCAGAAAUGGUGUAAUAUUAAUGAAUUGUAGCCUGAAGAACAGCAGACAUUUUACAACACCACGGUCGAUUUUCCUUCAAAAUGACUUUUGAGUAACGAUUGCAGAAAUUCCAUAGUGAACUUACGCAACAGAAUGAGAGAUCAAAAAAAACAGCAAACCUUGUGUGACAAGCCUGACAAUAAUUUUGUUUGAAGAAAUUUUGCCUCAAACUUCAUCUUUCUUUAAACAGAUCUUUUGUAAAAGAGCAGAAUACAUUAAUGUUAAGUGAAGAUCACGACAAAACACGCAAGUAAUAGCCCUGUCAACACAAGCAUUUUGCUGUCCUCUUCUUUCUGCCGUCCUGUUGCAUAAAUUCACUUAUGAUGACAUUUCUCUACCCAGAUCUGGGUAAUGCUUCUUAUUGGCUGAAAAUUUCCUUCAUUUAAAAUUAUCAGAAGCACUUCCCAGAUCUGGGUAGUGGCACAUUACCAGUACGGAAUUUAUUUACUUGUUACUCAGAUGCUGUUUUACAGGGAAACCAGUGGUGCUGUCAUGAAAUGUCAGCUUUUUUCUCAGGUUACAAAGAAUCGCUGCUCAUUGCCAAGGUAAAAAUAGAACUGUUAUCCUUUUGCCAAUUUUCAGGUAUCUUUUGAUGUUGCAUGGUCGCCAGAUUGUAUUGAUGGACGGUGUUAUGAUGCAGAGGCUCUUUCAAAAGUUGUGGACUUUCUGGUCAUAAUGGCAUAUGAUGAACAGAGUCAGAUCAAAGGAGACUGCAUAGCAAAGGCAAAUUCACCUCUAAAUCAAACAACACAUGGUACAUCCUUUUUAUAAAUUUAAUAUAAUUUUUAUUUCUAAAUUAUUAUUUUUUUAUUACUAUUACUGCGCUUUUCACAAACAUGAGAAUUCUGAAGUUCAAAAGCCAACUGACGAUUGCGUUUUUCGCUGCCGUCAAUCAUCUUAAUAGACCUCUUAGGAAACAAAACUUUACUUUAACGGGUUCAAAAGGUCAAGGUUUGUGAUUUGUGAUUGGUGGAUUUCGAUCCAUUUUGUGUGUUUCUGUGUUUCAAGGUUCGUUGCUUGUGAUCGUAAUUAUGAUUGACGGCAGCGAAAAACGCAAUUGUGAAGGCGGCUUUUGAACUUUAGAGUUCGAUGUUUGUGAAAAGUGCAGUAAGGCUGUACUCUGAAAAUUAUUGAAGGAAGCCCAGUACUUUGAAGCUACAAUGUGUUAGUGUGAAAUUCUUGCUGCCAAGGAUAUGAUAUUUGUGAAAAGAAAAUAAGAUUUCUGAGUUGUCCAAAAGCAAAAGUAAGGCGCCUGCAUGGGGCCUGUGACUGGGUACCGGUACUUCUAGAGCACAGACCUGAUUAUUAUUUUCAAAAAUUAUUCAUCUUCUCUUAUUUUUAAGCUGACAAGUGAGUUACCUUAAAAAAUUUGGUCUGACAUGAAAUCUCAGAAAUUAAGUUGCGAAAUGAAGAUGCUAGUUAAUUACAGGCCUGUUUCAUCCUGCUGGAUAAGACUAUAAUUUCAUUCUUUUUCAUCUUUCUUUAGCUGUGGGAGAAUACCUAGCAUUAGGAAUCAAACCAGAAAAGCUUGUCCUUGGAUUGCCUUGGUAUGGUUAUGACUACCCCUGCAUUGAACUCACAGAUGAUCAAAUUUGCAGCAUCAAACAUGUUCCAUUCCGGGGCGUGAAUUGUAGUGAUGCUGCUGGGAGACAGAUAGAGUAUGCAGAAAUAGAGGAUUUAGUGGUUAGCAGGGCAACAGUUGGUCCUCAGUGGGAUGAAGAUACUGCCUCAUACUUUUUCAACUAUGAAGACAGUGUUGGUGGAAAGCACCAAGUGUGGUAUGACAACCCGGACAGCCUCAAAGCCAAGUACAAGUUUGCAGCUGAAAAUGGUUUGAAUGGUGUGGCCAUCUGGAAUGCUGAUCUGUUGGAUUACAGUGACAUCCCUAGAGCUAGAGAGGAGACCAAGAACAUGUGGGAUGCUUUACAGCAUUAGUUUGCUUGGCAUGAAUGUACUGUCUAAUGAAACACCAUCAUUUUCAUCUAUGAUCUCAUCACCUACAAAUGCCACUAAAUAUGUUAGUAAUAAUUUUAUUAAUCAUCAAACAAUGGGUAUCAAGUGAAGAACAGCUCCUGCAAAAUAUCUGUCAGAUGACAGACGGAUGCUCAACACAUAAAAUCUUUUGGCCAAUUACAUAUAACUGUCACCUGUAAGGUAUGGUCUUAUCUCGAGCCAGCUGACAACCAUGCAGUGAUAAUAACAUGCAAAAGGAUCCAAGAUUGUAGUAUGAUUUAAUCCGACGAAUUGUGGUGAGCCAUUUUCCUGUGCUGGUGUGGCAUUACUUGUCAGACAAGUUUGGCUAACCAUAUUACUUUUUUUCAAAUAACUGAGAGUGGCUGACUGCAAGUAACUUUUUGCAACCUAUUAGGUUAACUGUUGGCGAUCAGUUUUGUGACAGAUGUUUUGGGGAGCUGUUAUUUUCUUCACCAUUAUACUAAUCAGUACGUUUGCCUUCAAAACUUGGACGUUUCACAGGACAUUAUGUCAUGUUUGGCACUGAAAGGAUGUUUUUGUUACAAAGCUAGCUGACAGUCAUGAUUUUGUUGUGUGUGUGAUUGAUCAGGUCAAACUCAAGCAAAAAUAUAAUAGUUUAAUUGUGUUUAAAAAUAUAACAUGUCGUUUAGAAUGACUUUCCUUUUGCUGCUUCAACAUUUCUAAUAAUUUUUUACUAGCGUCAAACAGCCCAUGAACUUUCCUCGUUAAUUUUUCUGAUUGGAAUCUAAAUCUUUUAUUUCUUCCUCUUGAUGGCUUAAAACAUAGUCAGUCUUUUUUUGCAGUCUCUUGAGGUUUGCAAGGGAAUCAUGACAUGAGUUUUUAGAGCUAGUUUGUACUAAAUCACUAUAAAAAUGACAGAAAGGUCUUGUGGCCUACAAUGUUAAAAAAGUGCUUUGCAGACCAAUAAUGCAAUUAAAAUGCAAGGAAAAGGCUCAAAGCAACUUUACUAUAUUUGCAGUGUGCCACCUUCUGCUACCAAAGAAUUUUACGUGUGAAAAUUAAACUACGAAGUCUAAUAGUUACAUUAUUUUUGACAUCCAACAAAUUUAUAAAAUACAAAUAUUUUUAGAUGUGUAUAUCAGAUAUCUGUAAGAACA